AUGAGAUUCUUCGCGACUCUUGCUCUGGCCGGCGCCGCCUCCGCUGCCGUCAUUCCUAACGUGGGCAACCUCCAGGGCACUGCCACCGGUGCCGUCAGCGGCGCUGAGGGUGCUGCGAGCGGUGCUGUCGAGGGCGUCGAGGGCGCCGUCAGCGGUGUUGAGGGUGCCGCCACCGGUCUUCUUGCUCCCCUGAGCCAGACCGUUGAGGGGACCGCUGGCCCGCUCCUCAGCAAGGUCGAGGGCUCCGUCGGCAAUGUCGCUCCCGUCAAGCGCACCUUCGGUAACCAGCUCGAAUACCCUGUCGAGGAAGUGCCCAACGAGGUGACAUCGCUCGCCGGUGCUGGCGGUCUCGCCAAGACCGUUGAGGGCACUGUCGACGAAGUCGUUGGCACCGUUGAGAACACCGCUGGUGGUGUUGGCAAUGGUCUCCCCCUCAAGCGUGAAGACGCCGUCGCCGGUCUGACCGGUCUGACCGGCUCUGUCGGCAGCGUUGCCGGUGGUGUUGCUGCUCCCGUUGAGGAGACUGUCGAUGGUGCCGCUGGCUCCGUUGAGUCCGUUGUCCCCGAGGUCGUUGACACUGCCACCUCCGCUGCCAGUGGUGCCACUGGUGCCGUCUCUGGCGCUGUCCCCAGUCUCCCCAAGCGCCAGCUCGGCGGCCUCACCAGCACCCUGGAGGGUACCCUGACCGAGACCCUGGGUGGUCUGACCAGCGGCAACGUCGACGGCCUCGUCGGUGCCCUGACCAACCUCCAGCACGCCAUCAACAUUGGGUCGCUCACCCAGGGUGACCUCGCCAGCCUCCCUGGUCCCGUUCAGGAGGUUGUCUCUGUGCUGCAGAUCUAA